AUGGGACCGAGUCACGCAGACGGCAACGCCACCGAGAACGGGUCAGGCCCCGAGUCAUCACAACUCAGUCACACAGACAGCAACACCACCGAGAACGGGUCAGGCCCCGAGUCAGCACAACUCAAUCACACGGACAGCAACACCAGCACCACCGAGAACGGGUCAGGCCCCGAGUCAGCACAACUCAAUCACAUAGACAACAACACCACCGGGAACGGGUCAGGCCCCGAGUCAGCACAACUCAAUCACAUAGAAAACAACAACAACACCGAGAACGGGUCAGGCCCCGAGUCAGCACAACUCAGUCACACAGACAGCAACAUCACCACUGAGAACGGGUCAAGCCCCGAGUCAGCACAACUCAAUCACACAGACAACAGUAGCACCACCGAGAACGGGUCAAGCCCAGAGUCAUCGCAACCCGGACCUCACGAACCGCCUUUGGCCGUCGAGUUCGUGGAGGAGAUUCUACAUUACCAAUUCAAGGAAAAGCAUUUGUUACAAGAAGCGUUCACGCACGCGUCUUACGGCGAGAGCGUUUCCUACGAGCGAUUGGAGUAUAUCGGCGAUUCGGUUCUGAAUCUGCUGAUAACGAAAGAGUUCUUCUCCAUGUACCCGGAAUUGCCACCGGGUUUGUUGACUCGGCGCGGAGCCGCUAACGUCGACACGGAGAAGCUGGCUCGAGUGGCUGUAAAACACGGAUUGUACCGCUUUCUGCGCCACAAAAAACCUUUACUUGAGGAUCAAGUCAAAGAAUUCUCCGAAGCGAUCGAAGAAUAUCCAUUGCACUCACAUGGACUAAUUAGGGUUCCAAAAGCUCUAGCCGACAUCGUAGAAUCCACCGUCGGAGCUCUUUUCCUCGAUUGCAAUUCUAUCGACACUGUUUGGGAGGUGUUUAAGCCAUUGUUGGAGCCAAUAAUAUACGUGGAGAAAUUGAGGAACCAUCCGAAGGCGGAGCUGCAUGAGAAGUGUCAGAAGUGCAAUCUGAAACUGAGAUUCCAAGACACGUGGGAAAAGAACAGAGAGAUCGUUGUCUUCAUCGACGAUCGUCUGGUCGGGAGAGGCUCUCAUCAUCUCAAGAAGGAGAGCGCUCGUAAUAUUGCCGCCAAAAAUGCUCUUGAUCGUUUCCCCGAUUUUUUCGACGAUAAAUUAUUGCUCAUUGACUCGGUUCUUUGCCAAUUCCGGCCUGAUAUUAAAUAA